GCAAAAGCCGUCGAAGUUAACUAUAAAAUCUUAUUUCUUUGGCUUUCUGUUAUUAUUUUCGAAACCCUAGCUAUCAGCCCAGCCUGCGGUUUCAGGCCGCCACAUGCUCAUCAUCUCAUCUCUCAAGAAAUUUCUCUCUAGCAGCAAGUGAAACGAAGUGAAGAAGAUGGUGAAGAAGGAGAAGAAAACGAACGUGUCAGGGAAACCGAAGCACUCUCUGGACAUAAAUCGCGGCAAUGGAACGAACAAUGGCUCGCGAAGCGCUUCCACCGUUCGCCGCCUCAAGAUGUACAAUACCAAACCCCAGCGCAACAGCAAGGGGAAAAUUUUGAAGCAUGAAUUGCAAUCUAAGGAGCUCCCCAACACGCGCAUCCAACCCGAUCGCCGAUGGUUUGGAAAUACAAGAGUAGUAAAUCAAAAGGAGCUUGAAUUUUUCCGUGAAGAGCUACAAAAUCGAAUGUCAAGUAGCUAUAAUGUCAUCUUGAAGGAGAGAAAGCUGCCAUUAUCCCUUUUAAAUGACCACCAGAAGCAAGCUAGAGUACAUCUUCUUGAUAUGGAGCCUUUUGAGGAUGCAUUUGGACCUAAGAGGAAGAGGAAGCGUCCAAAGCUCUUGGCAGCAGAUUAUGAGUCUUUAAUUAAGAGAGCUGAUGGUUCUCAGGACGCUUUUGAGAUGAGCCAUGGUACUAUUGCAUCUGCAGAAGGAAGUGAAGGAGAUGGAUUUAGGGAACUGGUUCGGCAUACAAUGUUUGAAAAGGGCCAAAGUAAGCGUAUAUGGGGUGAACUGUACAAAGUUGUAGACUCAUCAGAUGUUGUUGUUCAGGUUUUAGAUGCCAGGGAUCCCCAAGGUACGAGGUGCUAUCAUUUGGAGAAGCAUUUGAAAGAGCAUUGUAAGCAUAAGCACAUGAUUCUUCUGUUGAACAAGUGUGAUCUUGUUCCAGCGUGGGCUACAAAAGGUUGGUUAAGGAUAUUAUCCAAGGAAUAUCCAACUCUUGCAUUCCAUGCAAGCAUCAACAAGUCUUUUGGCAAGGGCUCUCUUCUAUCAGUAUUGAGACAAUUUGCCCGCUUGAAAAAUGACAAGCAAGCAAUAUCUGUGGGAUUUGUUGGGUAUCCUAAUGUUGGGAAGUCAUCAGUUAUCAAUACACUGCGCACUAAGAAUGUUUGCAAGGUUGCUCCUAUCCCAGGGGAGACUAAGGUCUGGCAGUAUAUAACAUUAACAAAACGGAUUUUCUUGAUUGAUUGCCCUGGAGUUGUUUACCAGAACAGCGACUCUGAAACUGAUAUUGUAUUAAAGGGUGUGGUACGAGUAACAAACUUGCAAGAUGCUGCUGAACACAUAGGAGAAGUCCUGAACCGUGUCAAGAAGGAGCACCUUGAAAGAGCAUAUAAAAUAAAAGAUUGGGAUGAUGAGAAUGAUUUUCUGGUUCAGCUGUGCAAAUUAACAGGCAAACUUUUAAAGGGUGGUGAACCUGACUUGAUGACUGCAGCAAAGAUGGUCCUUCAUGAUUGGCAGAGAGGUAGGAUACCUUUCUUUGUCCCACCUCCACAGCAAGAAGAAAGCAACUUAGAGGAACCUAGUACAUAUGGUAUAGAUGAGGAAGCUAUGGAAAAUAAUAAUCAAGCUACUGCAGCUUUUAGAGCCAUUGCGAAUGUCAUUUCAUCUCAGCAACAAAAAAGUGUCCCUGUCCAAAAGGAUCUUUUUUGCGAGAAUGAUUUGAUAGCUGAUCGGCUUCCAACCGCUGAGGGCGAGUUGCAUGUGCAAGCAUUAGGCAUGGAGGAUGAGAUAGCUAACAAGCUUCCGGAUAGAGAGGGCAAAAUAGACGAGAAUGUCGGAGCAACUGAAUCAUAGCUGGCAGGAUUUUUCUUUAUAUUUAUUUUUUUUUAUAGAGAUUAAUUUUGGGAUAUUUGGUAGAUUAAGUCAGGCCUGUUUAUAGCUUAAGAGGGUAAAAUAGAUGAAAGUGCAUCUGCCUUACGGGGGCGAGUUUUUAAUUAUUUUUUAUAGUGAGAUAAUUUUUAAAUAUUUCUUAGGUUA